AAACAUGGCCGUUGCCAAAAACAAUAUUAAAUCUUUUCCCGCAAAACUCUAUUAUUUUCCAUUAUUUUACAGCUUAAUCCUUCAAAAACCAGAAAAUAUUGACUAUUUUAAUGGAAAGGGGACCCCUUUACUUUACGUGAUGGCUCGGGCUCUUUUCAAAUUGAGGACAAACAGAGCCAACCCAUCCUUCCCAAAUCGGGAAACUUUCAUUCAUUCUUUAAGCCUUCCCCUCUGCGAUUCCUCCUCUUCCAACUCUCAUGGAAGGCUCAGCCAAUGAACGUCUCGAUUUUGGGAAGAUGGGUUAUGGAUGCAAGCAUUACAGAAGAAGAUGCCAGAUUCGAGCUCCGUGCUGCAACGAGAUCUAUCCUUGUCGCCAUUGUCACAACGAAGCCACGAGCAUGUUGAGCAACCCCUUUGAUCGGCAUGAGCUCGUUCGCUACGAUGUGAAACAAGUUGUUUGUUCGGUUUGUGACACAGAGCAGCCGGUUGCACGAGUUUGUACAAACUGCGGCGUCAGUAUGGGGGAAUAUUUCUGUGACAUUUGCAAAUUCUAUGAUGAUGAUACCACGAAAGAACAAUUUCAUUGUAAUGAUUGUGGGAUCUGCAGAAUCGGGGGUCGUGACAAAUUUUAUCACUGCAAGAAAUGUGGUUCUUGCUAUUCAAAUGGCUUACGUGAUAAUCACUUGUGUGUGGAGAACUCAAUGCAGCAUCACUGCCCUAUUUGUUACGAGUUCCUUUUUGACUCACUGAAAGACACUACUGUAAUGAAAUGCGGGCACACAAUGCACUGCGAAUGUUAUAAUGAAAUGAUGAAGCGUGACAAAUAUUGUUGUCCGAUAUGCUCCAAGUCGGUGAUUGACAUGUCCAAAACCUGGAAGAGAAUAGAUGAGGAGAUAGAAGCAACUGUUAUGCCUGAGGAUUACCGGUAUAAGAAGGUAUGGAUCCUGUGCAAUGACUGCAACGACACUACCGAAGUCUACUUCCACAUUAUUGGGCAGAAAUGCAACCACUGCAACUCAUACAACACACGCACAAUUGCCCCACCAGUUCUUCCUCAAUGAUAUCAUCGAGUCUGGUAGUCGCAGUGAAAGCUUGUAUGAUUAAUGAACAACGUAAAUGGGAACUUGAUUGUUAUCCUCCAAUUUAUUCUGUACCAUUGCUUUGUGAUUCAAAUGAUUGUAAUGUUGAAACGCGCCCAUUGAACUCUUUCCAGGCCAUUCUUCUUCUUCUUCCGAUUUAUAUGGUUAAAAGUUGAAACCCAGGUGUGGUGACUGGUGAGUAUUGGGUUGAUGUAAACAUUAUAUGUACUGUAAUUCAAGGGAAUGGUUUAUGGACUAAUGAAAGGUUUGCCACAUGAUAAUAACCAUGCCCAUCUUGCUUUCA